AGCUCUCUCUCCCAGUCUCUCUUCCCUCUUUCCCUUGCAUCGUCCGUCAGUCCCCGUGGUCAAUCUAAUUCUGUCAGAGCUGGUGGAGGGGGGUCAGGCUGCUCUAUCUACAACACAACCAGGGAAAGGGCAAAGACACUGACCACCUCAACCUAGUCUCUGUCUGUCUCCCCAGCCCCAUCCACUGGGACGGAAGUCAGCUAUCAGGACCACCUCGCAGUCAUCUGGACCCAUCGAGAGUUUCUGACUUCUGGAACAAGAAAGGAAAGUGCAGAUUUCCUCCUGAAUGGAAAAAGAGGUGUAGUGUUACCAGUGGCUGCCAAAGGGUUCGAGUUUUCCACAUAUCCUCGGCACCAGCCAUUCACAUGACGUUGCUGGAUUGGAAUUAAGAACUGGGAAUAAAUCACACAUAAAGGAGUUGAGGAUCUACUGUAAAUAUUUGUUUUCAUGGCAACAUAAUCUGUACAAAGGAUUUUCUGUUGGACUAGAACUUUUAUUUUGAUACUAUGACUGAAGCAAUUGAAGCACGGUCGUCGACCACCACCACCAUGGUCAUCGACAGUAAGACUGGAGAUGCCGGGUCUUCGUCUGUACGGACCUCCAAGAAAACCUUCACAGAUGACCUCUGCUCUACUUUCAGCUCCCCGCUGGCCUGGAUCUUAGUUCUGGCGCUCGUCAUUACAUGGUCUUGUGUUUUUGUCAUCAUGUUUGAUCUGAUGGACUACAAGACCAUUUCAGGAGGCCUCAGCAAGAUCAGCUCAGACCCCAUAAAGGUGGUGAAUGAUGCUGUGGAGGAAUCAGCAAACGUGAUCAGUGUAAUAUUAAAAUUUGCUGCCAACCUGAUCGCUCCUGAAGAAGACGAAGGAAAUCUAUACGCAGUGAGAAAAAAAGGGGAAUUUCUACCGUCUCGAAGCAAAGUUAUAAAGAUGCAAGCAAAGAAUAAACCACCAGUGGUUGAAAUUGUGGAGGAGGAAGAGGAGGUGGGAGAGGAGGGAGACAAAGAGGAGGCUGCUGGGGAGGAGGACGAGUCGGCAGAAGAGGAGGAAGAACUAGAGGAGGAAGAGGAGUAUGAGGAGGAGGAACAGUAUGAGGAGGAGGAAGAAUAUGAGGAGGAGGAAGAUUAUGAGGAGGAUGAGGAGGAGGAAGAAGGAGCGGAGGAGGAGGAAACUGAAGGAGAGGAGGAGGAAGGAGUGGAGGAAGAGGAGGAAGGACCAGAAGAGGACGAAGAAGGAGUGGAGGAGGAAGAAGAGGAGGAGGUAGCUACUGAGGUGGAGCAAGAUGAUGAAGAUGAGGAAGAUGAGAAGGAAACUGAAGCAGCUGCACCAAAGACUGAUGAAGACGAUGAAGGUGAAUCGAACGAGGAGGCUGCAGAAGAGGAGAUGGACGGAGACGAUGAAGAUGAUGAGGCAGAGGCAGAGAAGCCAGAUGCUGCUGAUGAAGAUGAUGUAGAAGAGUCUGCUAAGGAACCUGCAGCUGCUGAUGCUGAGGAUGAUGACGAUGAUCAUUUAGUUUCUCCUGAACCUGUUUCCACUUCUGAAGAUGAAGAGUCGGCAGUGUCUCCUCAUUCUGAGUCUGAUGUCAAAGUCAGUGACGAGGGCAUAACUCAAACUGAUGACGAUGAUGAAAAAGAUGAAGAACAUGACGACGACGAUGCCACUGAUGAUGCAUUCACUGAUACCUCAGACCUCAGUGAAUCUGCACUUCUUUCCAGUGAAGAGGAGGAUGAUGACUAUGAUGAAGAUGAUAGUAUAGCGGAGGGUGCCACAACGUCGGAUAGCGAUGAUGUCAUUGCGGAAGACAGCGAUGACGACCUGGAGCUUGAUCUUCUUCCUAUCACUCUUACUAGUGAGGAUGAGGAAGAUGAGGAUAUUGACGAUCUUAAGCUUGCAGAAGAGGAGGACCUUCCCCUUCUGCCUGCUGUUGAAGUUGACGAUGAAGACCUGGAAGAAGACGUCAAAGUUGCUGAAGACACUGAUGAGGAUGAUGAUGUUGAUCUGGACCAAUCAGAUGAGGACAUCUCUGUUGCCUCCUCUGAGCACUUUGCAGAUGACGAGGAAGACAGUGACCACGACGAAGACGUUGUCCUUGACGCUGAACACGAUGACGAUCAUGACAAACCUGAUUAUUUCAAUGAAGAGGGGACUGAUGAUGAUGAUGAUGAUGAUGAUAAAGAGGAGGAGGAGGAGGAUUUUGUCGUCCCUCCCUUUGAGAGUACAGACAGUGGAAUCUUAGGUGAUGAUGAUGACGACAUUGCUCUUAAAACAGAUGAAGAAUCCAAUGGAGAGAGUAUCUUCAGUGACGAUAUCUCCUAUGACACAACUGAUGGUGACGAUGACGAUAAGUACAAAGAUGAUGAAGACAUUGAUACCAGCUCGUAUGAGUUCAUCUUUGAUCAAGAAGACAAAGAAACAUUUUCUGACAGUGGAGAAGAUGAAGAUGAACUUAAAGAUAUAAUCACAUCAGAGUCCUUAGCUAGUGAGGAUGGAGAAGAUCAGGACGAUGAUGAUGAUGUUGAUGACGUCUUGCUCGCAGGCACCGCUGCAGCAGCGUUCACUGCCCAGGAGGAGGCAGUAAAGACUGAGGCAGACGACGGUGAGGGAGAGGAGGAGAUCAGUCGGGCUGGUGACGAAGAUGAGACUGAGGAGGCAGAAACAGAAGAAACUGUUACCAGUCAGCCUGCUGCUCCUGAGGAGGAAGAUGAGGGAGAGGAUGAAGAGCCGUUGCCUGCAGCACAGAAAUCUGUGGAUGAACCAGAAGACAAAAAAGAGGAGUACGAUGAGGACGACGGUGAGGAGAAGGCGACGGUGGAUGUGAUUAAGCCUUUGCCUGAACCUGAGGAGGAAGCGGCGAAGACCGAACCCACAGUGUGUCCCUGUAUGCACUCUGCUAAAACCAAAGAGUCUGUCAUCAAGAUCGCAGAGAAAAAAGAUGUUCUCAGGAGGGUUGCUGCUCUGAGAAGGAAAAAAGACCAUGAAGCUGUGAGGACGGACGAAAAGCCAAAAGGGAAAGCUCUUCCCAGAAUUGCAGAACUAGAGCCGAAAAUCAGGAGGAUCAGGAGAAUCCCUGCUCUUCUUAGAGCCAAGCGAGAGGAGAAGACCAAGACCCUCAAAACAGAGACAGUGACCAAAAAACAAGAAGAGGUCCCAGAAUCUGGACAAGAAGUUGGCCCAUGCAGACCGGCACCAGUCUAUUGCCCGUCCCCGCCUGGCUGGUACAUUCAUCACAUCGUCACAGACAACCCGUACCCUCCUCCGACCAUGUCAGCUCCGUCUGCUCCUGUUCUGACCGUCCAUCCAGGUGCUCCACCGAUGCAGCCUCUCUAUCAACAACAGCCGCCUCCACAGAUGCAGCCUCUCUAUCAACAACAGCCGCCUCCACCCAUGCAGCCUCUCUAUCAACAACAACCGCUUCCACCGAUGCAGCCGCUCUAUGCACAAUAUCAGGCAAAUCAACCGCCACUGCAGCCAGUGAUGCAGCCUCAACCAGAACCAGCUCAACCAGUUGUACCACUCCGGCCUGUGCAGCCAGAAGCCCCAGAACAAGAGGCUCCUGUUCAGGCUGAGGUCCAGACUCCAGCUGCUGAGGCUCAGCCAGCUGCAGCUCUUGUCCAGGAACCAGUGACUGUUGAGGACAAAGUGAAGGCUAUCUCCACCAAGAAAGAGGCAGCAGCAGCAGCCAAAGCGAAAACAAAGAAAGAUGCUGCUGUUUCAAAAGACAAAACCAAAGCAGCCACUGCAAAGAAAGAGCCAGUUGCAAAAGAAGAGAAAACCAAAAGUCCUACAGUAACUAAGAAAGAGCCAGCUGUAAAAGAGAAAACCAAAACUGCUGCGGCUGCUAAGACAGAGCCUGCAGCCGAACGACAGAAGAGGAAACCAGCCUCUGAAAAGACAGAAGCAUCACCUGUCAAGAGCAAGGCCAAGGCAUCCACAGCCAAGAAAGAUCCAGAUCCAGAACCGCGUCCACAGCCGAUCAGACUGAGAACGAGACCAGAAGCUGUCAAAAGGGCCAAUGUUACCUCUCAGGCCAAGGAGGAGAAACCUGCCAGAUCUUCGUCUGAACCAGCCAAGACAAGAUCAGAAUUAGUGACAGAGAAGAAAAGCAAAGCAGAAAAGGCUGAAAAGGCUCAAGGUAUGGAUUUACAAUUAGAAAGUGAAUAA